GACAAAACAUGAACACGUGGGGGAGGAUAGACGUACUAGCUUUCACCCCAUGGUCAUCUGAGGGGUGAACGGAGUCUAGGGAGCUGCUCAAAUGGAGAACGGGUAUCGAGGGUGCGCAAAUAGGCGGCGCAAGUGGGGGAACAAAAUACACCUGAGAUAUAAUCCGAAAUGCGGGAGCCGGCGGGUGCCGCUGGCUGCCGCCGGUGCCGGAGUGUCUCAGGAAGUGCGGAGAGCGGCUACUACAAGGCCGUGUUCAGACCAGCUGUGAGCAGCGCGAGUGAAGAGUGGCUCCCCUGCUGUCCUGCUGCCGCCGUCGAGUGGACGUCGCCAUGCCUCCCGCCAAAGUGGUCCUGUUCGUGGGCAGUUGUCGUGUCGCCCGGAUGGCCGAACGCCUCAAGACCUACGUCAGCGGGCAGCUGCAGAAGAGAGGACACCUGGUUACCAUCAUCGAUCCGGAGGAGGAGCAGAACCUGCUGCAGGUGCGCAAGCCGCUGCACUUUCACGGCCCGGACGAGAAGCCCCCUCAGUGGCUGGUGGCAAUGCACGAGCACGUGAAGGCGGCCGACGCCUACGUGGUGCUCUGCCCCGAGUACAACCGCUGCAUCGCCCCCGCCCUGGCCAGCGCCAUGGACCACUUUCCGCCGGACUCGUACCGCCACAAGCCCUGCGGAGUCGUCGCCUACAGCAUCGGUAACGGUGCGGGUCUUGCUGCGGCGAUCCAGCUGCGGGCCUUCCUGGGAGAGCUCGGCAUGAUCUCCCUGCCUUUCAACAGCCUCAACGCCAAGAUACAGAAUUCGCUCUCCGAAGACGGCACCCCACUCAACGACGACUUCGUGAGGGGCAUCAACAAGAUGCUCGGCGAACUCGAGUGGUACUGCGCUGCGCUCAAGAACCACAAGGAAGCGUGUGGACCACCGUCCGUAGCGUAAAAAUUAUAACUUAACUUAAUUGUUUUUGUUUGAACGACGGGUUGUUAUUGUUUUUGUAACUUCUGCAUCUAAAAAGAAAGGUCUUUAUAAGUACACGGUGUCACCGAAAAAAAAAAAGUUGCCGCGUUUCUUUUUUGCUUUAAAAACAACUAGUAAGCAGUGCCGAACCCUGCCUUCGCCCAAAUGGACCGGUCCGGACGAGAUGUCGAAGCCUCGGAGCUUGUUGUCGGGUUCGAAAGCCAUAAGGGAUUUUCGGAAAGUUUCAGUGUGAGAAAUUAGCGGCCGACGAAUGGUGUCAACCACCGUGAACGGGCCCCAUGUUCCCAUUGAACACUUCAGUAUAUUGCUCAUAACUUUUGAACCGGAUAAUGGAGCUCCGAAAACUUUGGCAUCUGAUCCGGAGCGCCAGCGUCACGUUUGGGCUGGGGGAUGAAUAAACGUUCAGCAAAGCCUAGCUUAUCUUUGCGGUAAAAACAAAACAAAUUGUUUUGGGGACACGCUGUGGUUGUGCACGCCGCAAAGACAAGUGCAUCGAGGACACUUACAGACCAGUUUGAGGACUUAUAUCAGUGCUAUCUUUAUAUGCGCGUGUGCAUUUGUGUAGAGGAAACAUGGUCGCACGUAGGCAUUCCAACCGGCACCGCAGAAUAACGACUGCACGUUCCAGGGUUAUAGGAUGAACUUGUUUUACUUGUGCCCGGAGGUGGUAGCACUUUCGCCGGUACCACGCAACGCCUUGUAUAGAAGACCUUGGACGUACCCAAAUAAAAACAGAUCACGUGCAAAAAAAAAAA